AUUAUAAGCCACUUAGCUUCUGAGCUUGUUUCCUCCUUUAUAAAGUAGGGAACACGGACAGAUGGUAGUUCCCUCAGGAGACUUCUGGCUGGUCCCACUUGUGUGACAAAGGCCCAGGGAAGACCUGGGGGCAUGGAGAGGCUGUUAACCUUGGCAAGUAAAUUCACGUACUUGGACUGUUUCCCUGGGGUUGAGGUGAGGAUCAUGCCAGAGGCGACUCUGAACUAGCGUGAUGGCGACUCCCGUCAAUGGAGCCCCCAUGGAUGCCAACCUGUGGUCCUCGCAUGAGAAGAUGCUGGCGCAGCCCCUGAAAGACAGCGACGUGGAGGUUUACAACAUCAUUAAGAAGGAGAGUAACCGGCAGAGGGUCGGACUGGAGCUGAUCGCCUCAGAGAACUUUGCCAGCCGGGCUGUUCUGGAGGCCCUGGGUUCUUGCUUAAACAACAAGUACUCCGAGGGGUACCCGGGCCAAAGGUACUAUGGUGGGACGGAAUUCAUCGAUGAGCUGGAGGUCCUCUGUCAGAAGCGAGCGCUGCAGGUCUAUGGCCUGGACCCCCAGGGCUGGGGAGUCAACGUCCAACCCUACUCAGGCUCCCCCGCAAACUUCGCGGUGUACACAGCCCUGGUGGAGCCCCAUGGCCGCAUCAUGGGCCUGGAUCUGCCCGACGGGGGCCACCUGACCCACGGGUUCAUGACCAACAAGAAGAAGAUCUCCGCUACGUCCAUCUUUUUCGAAUCUAUGCCCUACAAGGUGAACCCCGACACCGGCUACAUCAACUACGACCAGCUGGAGGAGAACGCCCGCCUCUUCCACCCGAAGCUCAUCAUCGCAGGGACCAGCUGCUACUCCCGGAACCUGGACUACGCCCGGCUGCGCGAGAUCGCUGACGACAACGGGGCGUAUCUCAUGGCCGACAUGGCGCACGUCAGCGGGCUGGUGGCGGCCGGCGUGGUGCCCUCCCCCUUCGAGCACUGCCACGUGGUGUCCACCACCACCCACAAGACCCUGCGGGGCUGCCGCGCCGGCAUGAUCUUCUACAGGAAGGGAGUGCGCAGCGUGGACCCGAAGACGGGCAGAGAGACUCGCUACAACCUGGAGUCACUCAUCAACUCUGCCGUGUUCCCAGGCCUGCAGGGGGGGCCCCACAACCACGCCAUUGCUGGGGUGGCGGUGGCUCUGAAGCAGGCCAUGACUCCGGAGUUCAGAGUCUACCAGCGCCAGGUGCUGGCCAACUGCAGGGCUCUGGCCGAGGCCUUGAUGGGGCUGGGCUACAAAGUGGUCACAGGUGGUUCUGACAACCACUUGAUCCUCGUGGACCUCCGCUCCAAAGGCACGGACGGCGGCCGGGCUGAGAAGGUGCUGGAAGCCUGUUCCAUCGCCUGCAACAAGAACACCUGCCCAGGUGACAAAAGCGCCCUGCGGCCCAGCGGACUGCGCCUGGGGACCCCGGCGCUGACAUCCCGAGGAUUCUUGGAAGAAGAUUUCCAAAAAGUUGCCCAUUUUAUUCACAGAGGGAUAGAGCUGACCCUGCAGAUCCAGGACACCGUGGGGGUGAAGGCCACCCUGAAGGAGUUCACGGAGAAGCUGGCGGGGGCCGAGGAUCACCAGCGGGCUGUGGUGGCACUCAGGGCGGAGGUGGAGAGCUUCGCCGCCCUCUUCCCUCUGCCGGGCCUGCCCGACUUCUAGAGGAGUGCCCGCCCGCCCGCCCAGGGACCCAGCGCCCUGGAGGCCCCACACGGGCCCCUUUUCGGACUUUGCUUUUUUUACCUUGUUCACAAACCAUUUGUUUAAGGCUCAGUGUUAGUCAUUCUGGGACAAGUUAUUAAGUUUAAAUCUGAACCUCACUUUAUUGCAGCUACGUAUAGUUAUUCUGGAAAAAUGAAAUACAAUUUAGCCAUUCAGCCUUAAUUAUCCAGACUGGUGGAGGGCAGGGUUACUGGGAAGACUCCACUCUUAAGAGUCCCUGGGCUUCUCUGACUUGCUGCGGCAGCCGGAAGCACUGAAGUUCGAGCUUGGAAGAGCCGCCCGUUGCUAUCUGUUCCCUGGUGGGCGCCAAAGGAGGACUCAGUUAUAACCGUCGCAAACGAGGAGGGGGCCUCCUGGCCCUUCUGCUGUGCUUUCAAUCAGAAUCACCAGUUAGACGGGUCUGUUCAGGUGCCACCCAACUCAGUGGGAGUCCUGCUUACAGCACCUGGGCAGGAGGGGGAUGUGGUCCCCUUCCCCCAGCCCAGGGCAGGCAGGCCAGGGAACCUAGUCCCAAGCCGCUGAGCAGACAGCCACCUCCCUCCCGUGAUCAGGAAACCAGAGGUCACCUUCCCACAGAAACUUUAUUUUUCACAAAUCUCAAGUGCAAAACAUAGAUGACCAUUUUUAAUAAGCACAAAUUUUUAACCACAGAAUGUCUACAAGAAUUAUAGCUUUAAAAAAUACAACCGAUUUUUAUAUUUCAAAAAUAUCUCAACUCAAAUAAAUUAAUUUCUUAAAAAGUA